AUGUCUGUUAAGGAAAUGGAGAUCUUGGGUCAUAGGAGCAUAGACUGGGAUUACUCCUUUGAGGAGUUCGUCUGUCCACCCAAAGUGGAGGAGAAUGCACUGAUUUUAUCAGUCAAGGACAAGAGUUCAGCAGUCUUCCAGAAGAAAGAAAACAGGGGUCAGGAAGUUCAAAAAAGGGUUCUGCUCCAAAAUAGUGCGACUGCCCAGGAAGUUCUCAAAGCUUUAGAUGAAGCAUGGACAGCUUGUCAACAACACACACUCGUGAGGCAAACAUCUGGGAGGUUUAUCAAUCAAUUCAGCAACUAA